AGCUAUAUCAUCAAUUGUCGGAUACCGAUAAUCAGGCCGGCUUCGGCCCCGUAAUAAUAAUGCUCCAUCGAUCGAUCUCGCACAAAUUCUGGUAAAAUGUCCACUCUCGUACAGCAGGCAACCGAAAUCCACAACAUUGGAAGUGGUACUGGAGCUGGAGGCCAGCCACAGAUUCCUGACAGUGUGGAGUUAUAUCAGCCAUAUGAAGGUGACCAAAUCACUCUUCCAGAGAGGGCCCAAUGCCUUGCAGUAAAAGCAUUUCUGAAGAUGUGUGAUAUCCCAUUCCGCAUCAAGCUCCGAAGCAAUGCAGAGCAAAUGUCUCCUUCAGGUGCUGUUCCUUUCAUCAAGGCUGGGGCCGAUAUUGUAUCAGAGUUUGACCCUAUUGUGGAAUACAUUUCAAAAAAGGGACUGUCUCUUUCAGAGGAAUUGAGUGGAGGUCAAAAAUCAGAGAUGAAGGCAUACAUGGCUCUUUCUAUCAACAGAUUGUAUCUCGCAGAGAUGUACUUGGCCUGGAAUGUUAAGAAGACUGCUGAUGAGAUAACCAAGCAGAGGUAUGGGUCUCCAUUCCCAUGGCCUCUUUCUUUUAUUCUACCAUUCUUGAAACAGAGAGAAGCUAUCUCAUAUCUCAAGGCACAUAACAGCUGGCAUGACUUCUUACCGGAUCAGGUUUAUGAUGAAGUGAACCUCUGUUGCAAAGCUUUGUCAGACAAACUUGGUGAACAACAAUAUUUCUUCCUAGACAGACCAACUGAGCUGGAUGCAUUGGUGUAUGGACAUCUCAAAACCCUUCAGAUAAUGGAAGCAGAAGAUCAACGUCUAGCAGACAUGGUUAACAAGUAUCCCACCCUGGUGCGUUUCUGUGAUCGUAUUAGAGAAAGAUACUUCAUUGAAAGGGAGAGAAGCAGAUGAUACAAGCAAUGAAUGACCUUUGACCCCAUCAAGCUACAGUGGUGAUUCGAUUCAUCACUCUAUUAGAAGGACUUAUUAUAAAUCAAGAGUUUAUUGCAUGCUUAACAAUUAUAUGUAAUGUAUUGCACAUUGAUCCUCCAAGUCAGUGUUAACUACAAAAUAUGAUUGGAAAUUCAUGAUUUGCAAAGUUUGAAAAGUGUGUUGCUGUGUAACUAAAUGUACUCAUACUUUUGGGUUUAACAUUUCAGAAAUAUUUUUAACAUUAAAUUCAAAUUAUUGUGAUUUUUGGAAACUGUCUACAUCAUUCACCAAAGCAUGUCCAUUUCAUUUUGCUACACAAAGAUUUUGAUAUAUAAAAAAAAUGGAAUCGCAAAACCACUUGGAAUGUUGGACAUACAUCUAGUAUUGUAUUCCAUGCUCAUAUCAUAAUUUUUAAACUUGAAUACUCUCAAAUUAUUUUAAUUGAACUAAACUGAAGCUUGUCACAAAAUGUCAUUAUCCUCCAGACAGAAUCCAUAUAUAACCGCUUAUCAGUUCUUGGUUGAAUUCAUAAUCAUGAGUGAGGAUUGUAACUGUAAAGGAUACCAUGAAGCGCAUUAUUUUACCCAUUCACAUUGUUUCAGAAAAAAUGAAAUGAAUUUUAAUUAUUUAACCCAUGGUGGAGGUAUAAUAACUGAAGACCUGUUGGAGAGUUCAUAUUAAUCUUGUAGUUUUAUUGAGAUAGCAUGCAGAUAUAAAUCUUUAAUCCUAUAUUCAUGUGCAAAUGUUACAAAAUGUACCACUUGAUGCAUCUUAUAAUUCUAUAACUAAGCAAGACCAAAUUCCCAUUUUGACAUAGCAUACAAGUGUAUAGGAUUUUUUUUUUGGUUUCUCCUUAUUUUGAAUUUGGCAAUUGAAAAAUUGUGCAAUAGUUGCUUGUUGAGAUUUUCAUAUUGAGAUUACAGAUGACUCGGCCUAAGUCAAAUCUUUUAGGAUAACUGAAAUCUGUUCAACUUCAAAGGGCAAAUUUGAAAUAACACAUUCUGUGAAAUCUCAUCUGAAAAACUACUUUGACUUAUGCAGACCUCAGAAUCUCAAUGCAUCACACAGUAGAGGUCUGAAAAAUUUUCUAUAUUCUCUCAAUUGAAUUUAUGACUUGGCUUGAGUGAAUAAACUCUUUUGUCAUUAAGA